UUAUACAUUUUAUUAAGAAACAUUUACUUCCUCUUUCAUUAUGGCCUCUCUCUGCCGUCAUGUAUGGAGACCCUUUUUGGCUGGAGAAAGUUUUCUCCUCUCAGCCAGGCUCCUUCUUUGCAAUUGCUUCUAGUUAUUAGUGUGUGCAGACUUGGGGUACAAAUUGAUUUCAAUGGAUGAAUGUUGUCAAAACAACCGUGAGGUUCCUUCCCAAGCUAAAAAUAAAUUAUUUUUUAUUCCACUGGUAUACCUUACCUCAAUGAUCAAGAGUCAGUGGUAUCCUAGCUCCUGUAUGAUGACCUUCUUCCUCUCUACAGCUGGCAGCAGGCAGGGAAAACUAAGCGUCUUCAUGCUGCUUCCCUGACUCCCUUAGGAUGGAUGCAUGUGGCUGGAAAGAAAUGGAGGUUGCUCUGGUAAAUUUUGAUAAUUCAGACGAAAUCCAGGAAGAGCCAGACUAUGCCACAGAUUUUGACCCAACCAGCCCAAAAGGCCGGUCUGGAAGCAGCCCCUUCAACUGGAGGAUCCUCAUCAACGACAGCACCAACCACGAGACAGCCUUCUCCAAGCUCCCUGGAGACUAUGUCGAUACCCCAGGGCCUGAGCCAGUGGUCUUAAAUGAAGGAAACCAGCGGGUGAUCAUCAACAUUGCUGGGCUGAGGUUCGAGACCCAGCUCAGAACCCUCAAUCAGUUCCCAGAGACCCUCCUGGGAGACCGGGAGAAAAGGAUGCAGUUCUUUGACUCCAUGAGAAAUGAGUAUUUCUUUGACAGGAACCGGCCCAGUUUUGAUGGAAUCCUGUAUUAUUACCAAUCUGGUGGGAAAAUCAGGCGCCCGGCCAAUGUCCCUAUCGACGUCUUUGCUGAUGAGAUCUCCUUCUAUGAGCUGGGUAGCGAGGCCAUGGACCAAUUCCGGGAGGAUGAAGGCUUCAUCAAAGACCCUGAAACAUUGCUCCCCACCAAUGACUUCCACCGGCAGUUCUGGCUCCUCUUCGAGUACCCUGAGAGCUCCAGUGCUGCCCGUGGCGUGGCCGUGGUCUCUGUGUUGGUUGUGGUCAUCUCCAUCACCAUUUUCUGCCUGGAGACACUACCUGAGUUCCGGGAAGAUAGGGAGCUGAAGGUGGUAAGAGACCCCAGUCUCAAUAUGACCAAGACAUUCCUCUCUCACACCAUGUUCACUGACCCUUUCUUCAUGGUGGAGUCCACCUGCAUCAUAUGGUUCACCUUUGAACUGGUACUCCGGUUUGUGGUCUGCCCCAGCAAGACUGACUUCUUCAGGAACAUCAUGAACAUUAUUGAUAUCAUCUCCAUCAUCCCCUACUUUGCAACCCUCAUCACAGAGCUUGUCCAGGAGACAGAGCCGAGCGCCCAGCAGAACAUGUCCCUGGCCAUCCUGAGGAUUAUCCGGCUGGUGCGGGUCUUCCGCAUCUUCAAGCUCUCCCGCCACUCCAAGGGGCUACAGAUCCUGGGGCAGACACUGAAAGCUUCCAUGCGGGAGUUGGGGCUGCUCAUCUUCUUCCUCUUCAUUGGAGUCAUCCUCUUCUCCAGUGCAGUCUACUUUGCUGAGGUAGAUGAGCCAGAGUCCCAUUUCUCUAGCAUUCCUGAUGGCUUCUGGUGGGCAGUGGUCACCAUGACAACUGUGGGCUAUGGGGACAUGUGCCCAACCACCCCAGGGGGGAAGAUUGUGGGCACUCUGUGCGCCAUUGCAGGGGUCCUCACCAUUGCCCUCCCUGUGCCUGUCAUUGUCUCCAACUUUAACUACUUCUACCAUCGGGAGACUGAGAAUGAGGAGAAGCAAAACAUCCCAGGAGAAAUUGACAAAAUCCUCAACAGUGGGGGUUCACGAAUGGGCAGCACAGACUCUCUUAGUAAGACCAGUGGUGGCUGCUCUGCAGAGAAGUCCAGGAAGUGAUCCGUCCAGGGCUUCUU